CUUCACGCACAACGGUGCUAGAGCUCGAGCAGCAAAAGCCAUGACGCCACCACCAGCGCCAACCAUGGCCGCACAUAGCAACACGUCCCACGGUGGGCGCCGCCGACACGUGCUUCUGUUCCCGCUCCCGUACCAGGGCCACAUCAACCCCAUGUUCCGGCUCGCCGGCCUCCUCCACGCCCGCGGCUUCGCCAUCACCGUGUUCCACACCCACUUCAACGCCCCGGACCCGGCGCGCCACCCGGACUACCGCUUCGUCCCCGUCCCCGACGGCAGCCCCGUACCCGUCGCCAUCAAGGACGUCGUCGCUCAGAUCUUGGAGCUCGGUGUCGCGUUCGAGGCCACCUUCCGGGACCGCCUCGCCUCCGUCCUGGAGGAGUACUCCAGGGACGCCGUCGCGUGCCUCGUCGCCGACACACACCUGCUGCCGAUUUUCGAGGUGGCCGCGAGGCUCUCCGUGCCCACGCUGGCGUUGCGCACCGGCAGCGCCGCCUGCUGUGCGUGCUUCCUCGCGUACCCGAUGCUCUUCGAGAAAGGCUACCUCCCCGUGCAAGAGUCGCAGCGUGACAGGCCGGUGGUGGAGCUGCCGCCGUACCGAGUGCGCGACCUGCUAGUCAUCGGCGAGGAUGACGGUGGCCUGGUGCGCGAGCUUCUCUCCCGCGCCGUGACUGCCGUGAAGACCUCCUCGGGCCUCAUCCUCAACACGUUCGACGCGCUGGAGCGCCGCGAGCUGGAGGGUCUCCGGCGGGACCUCGCGGCCGUACCGGUGUUCGACGUUGGCCCGCUCCACAAGCUCUCCCCCGCCGGCGGCGACAGCAGCCUGCUGCUCCCGGACCGGAGCUGCCUGGAGUGGCUGGACGCGUGGCCGCCGGAGUCUGUGCUCUACGUGAGCUUCGGCAGCGUGGCCUGCAUGAGCCCGCAGGACCUGGUGGAGACGGCAUGGGGCAUCGCCGGCAGCGGCGUGCCGUUCCUCUGGGUGGUCCGGCCGGGCAUGAUCAGCGGGUCCGCGGACGACCACCGUCUCCCCGAAGGGUUCGAGGCCUCGACGCGCGAGCGCGGCAAGGUCGUGGCGUGGGCGCCGCAGGAGGAGGUGCUGCGCCACCGCGCCGUGGGCGGGUUCUGGACGCACUGCGGCUGGAACUCGACGGUGGAAAGCGUCUGCGAGGGGGUGCCGAUGCUGUGCCGCCCCUACUUCGGCGACCAGAUGGGGAACGCGAGGUACGUGGAGCACGUGUGGAGGGUGGGCCUCGAGGUGGGCGGCAACCUCGCCCUCGCGAGGGGCCAGGUCGAGGCGGCGAUCGGCCGGCUCAUGACCGACGAGGAAGGCGACAAGAUGAGGGUGAGAGCCGGCGAGCUGAAGAAGGCGGCAGGGGAGUGCACGGGGGAGGGCGGGUCAUCACGCCCUGCCAUUGAUAAGCUUGUCACGCACAUGCUGGCAUUGUAAGGCCCAGCUGAGUUCUUCUCUGUGAAUCUAAGAAGAGAUGUGCCAAACCGUUUCUGUGAGAGAAGUGAUUCUCCGUCAAAUUAUUCGCUAAAAUAAACUAAUAGGGUGGCAUGCACUGAGAAAAGUAGUUUGUCCUGAUUUUAUGAAGUCUCAUGAUUUUGAGAGUU